UAUAAACCCAGAAUCCUCUUUUCUAAACCCUAAUUUCUCUCUAUUGAUUUGUACGAUAGCUAUGAACAAAACAGUCGUAAGAUGUCUUCUUUCUCGUUCCCAUCAUCUUCUCAUUCAAUUCUCCACCAAUUCAUCUCUUAAUCGCUCUCUCCUCGCUACAGUCUCCACCUGUAGCCGUUAUCUCACCUCCAGGUUUAUCUCCACUCCUCCUCCCGACGAAAUGUACGGUUUUGACGAACCUUUCUCACCUAACGAAUCGCGAGAAGUCGCGGGUUUGACUAAAGACCACUCCUUUCUCCUAGAUUCCUUAGCUGACUCUCCAAAGACCAAUGUCCACACAACUGAAUCACCUUCCCUUGAUGCUAUAGCCAUUGCUAACGCUGUUUCUCGUGGCGAUGACGUGUCUGGGAGUAACAAAUCCCAGAAGCUUCUUAGACAAUUUAGAGAGAAACUAAACGAGAGAUUAGUGAUUGAGGUGUUGCGUUUGGUAGAAAAGCCCUCUGCUGUUAUCAGCUUUUUUAUUUGGGCAGGUAGGCAGAUAGGUUACAAGCACACACCACUUGUGUACAACGCUUUGGUUGACUUGAUUGUAACUGAUAAUGACGAAAAAGUCCCUGAAGAGCUCUUGGAACAGAUCAGAGAAGAUGAUAAGGAGAUGCUGGGAGAGUUUCUGAAUGUGUUGAUAAGGAGACGUUGCGGGAACGGUUCUUUUAGUGUUGCUCUUGAGGAGUUAGGGAGGUUGAAGGAUUUUAGGUUUAGACCUUCGAGAGCUACUUAUAAUUGUUUGGUUCAGGGUUUCUUGAAAGCAGGUAGUUUGGAAUCUGCUUCUUUGGUUCAUCGGGAGAUGUCGCUUGGGAAUGUGAGUAUGGAUGGGUUUACGUUAAGAUGCUUUGCUUAUUCUCUAUGUAAAGUGGGGAAGUGGAGGGAGGCUUUAGCGUUGGUGGAGACUGAGAAGUUUGUGCCUGAUACUGUUUUUUAUACGAAACUGAUAUCUGGUUUGUGUGAAGCUUCGCUUUUUGAAGAGGCUAUGGAUUUUUUGAAUAGGAUGCGAGCUGCUUCAUGUCUUCCUAAUGUGGUGACUUAUUCUACUUUGCUGUGUGGGUGUUUGAAUAAAAAGCAGCUGGGGAGGUGUAAGAGGGUACUUAAUAUGAUGAUGAUUGAAGGUUGUUAUCCGAGUCCUAAGGUUUUUAAUUCUCUUGUGCAUGCUUAUUGCACAACGGGAGAUUAUUCAUAUGCAUACAAAUUGUUAAAGAAAAUGGUUCAGUGUGGUCACAUGCCAGGAUAUGUUGUGUACAAUAUAUUGAUUGGGAGUAUCUGUGGUGGCAAAGACUCGCUUAGUGGUGAUCUUUUGGAAUUGGCUGAGAAAGCGUACAGUGAAAUGCUUGCUGCAGGGGUUGUUCUUAAUAAGAUUAAUGUCAGCAGCUUCACGAGGUGUCUUUGUGGCGCUGGGAAGUAUGAGAAGGCGUUCAGUGUUAUCCGUGAAAUGAUCGGCCAGGGAUUUAUACCAGAUAAUAGUACUUAUUCCAAAGUUCUUGGUUAUUUAUGUAAUGCGUCGAAAAUGGAAAUGGCGUUUCUGUUGUUUGAAGAGAUGAAAAACCGUGGCCUUGUUGCCGAUGUCUACACAUAUACUAUCAUGGUAGAUAGUUUCUGUAAAGCUGGCCUGAUUGAACAGGCUCGCAAGUGGUUCGAUGAAAUGAGGAAAGUUGGUUGUACACCUAACGUCGUCACGUAUACUGCUCUUAUCCAUGCUUACCUUAAGGCUAAGAAGGUCAGCUAUGCGAAUGAGCUGUUUGAAACGAUGCUGUCUGAAGGGUGUGUCCCCAACAUCGUUACAUAUUCUGCCUUAAUUGAUGGCCAUUGUAAAGCUGGACAAACGGAGAAAGCUUGCCAGAUUUUUGAAAGAAUGUGUGGCAGCAAAGAUGUUCCAGAUGUAGAUAUGUACUUCACGCAGCACGAUGGUGAGAGACCAAAUGUAGUUACGUAUGGAGCUUUGGUAGAUGGUUUCUGCAAGUCGCAUAGGGUAGAGGAAGCUCGUAAGUUGUUAGAUGCUAUGUCCAUGGGAGGUUGUGAACCGAAUGAGAUUGUGUAUGAUGCUCUUAUCGAUGGACUCUGCAAGGUUGGGAAACUAGAGGAAGCGCAAGAAGUGAAAACUGAGAUGUCUGAGCAUGGAUUUACCGCAACCAUAUAUACUUACAGUUCGUUGAUUGAUCGUUAUUUCAAAAUGAAGCGCCAAGAUUUAGUUUCAAAAGUGUUGUCGAAGAUGCUUGACAACUGUAAGCCCAAUGUGGUUAUAUACACUGAGAUGAUUGAUGGCUUGUGCAAGGUUGGUAAAACUGAUGAAGCUUAUAAGCUCAUGAAAGUGAUGGAAGAAAACGGGUGUCAGCCAAAUGUUGUGACGUACACGGCGUUGAUUGACGGAUUUGGAAAGAUUGGUAAAAUAGAAACAUGCCUUGAGCUCGUAGAGCGAAUGGGUUCCAACGGUGUUGCUCCAAAUUAUGUUACUUAUAAGGUGUUGAUAGGUCAUUGUUGCCAAAACGGUGUAUUGGAUGUGGCUUACAAUCUUUUAGAAGAAAUGAAACAGACACAUUGGCCUACACACACCGCAGGAUAUCGCAAAGUCAUUGAAGGAUUCAGUAAAGAGUUCAUAGAAUCUCUUGGGCUUCUCGAUGAGAUAACCAAGGAUGAUACUGCUCCUUUUCUUUCUGUAUAUAGGCUUUUGAUUGAUAAUCUUAUUAAAGCUGAGAGGUUGGAGAUGGCUCUUACGCUUCUUGAAGAGGUUGCAACAUUGUCACCCACGUUGGCUAACUACAGUAGUACAUAUAAUAUGUUGAUUGAAAGCCUUUGUCUUGCUAAUAAAGUGGAUAAGGCUUUUCAGUUGUUCUCGAACAUGACGAAGAAAGGUGCCAGUCCGGAUAUGGAAACAUUUUGUAGCCUUAUCAAGGGACUUUUCCGGAACAGGAAGAUCAGUGAAGCACUUUUGCUUCUGGAUUUCGUAUCACAUAUGGAAAGAAAUAUCUGAUGGGGAUUAGGCUUAUUGAUCCACGAUGUCUAGUUCUGAUGUGAUCAAUUAAAUGGUGCAUCUGAUGCAGAGCAUUCAAAGCGUUAAAUUUCCAAGGUUGGAGCAUCCUAUUGAAGGUUGGGAGCUAUUGAUAGCUCGGGAAGAUCAGUAGGAGCAGGUGGCGUCUUGGGUUUUUGGGGCCAGAAUCCUUGGUUCUCCUUUGUACUGGAUCUGUAAAUUUGUACUUGUAAUGAUUCUCUGGGCUCACUGUAGUUGAUUGACCCUUUUGAACACACAACAACUGCAUCAAUGCUUGCUAAAGAGAAGACAGUCCAUAAGGAGGUGAUACAUGAAAGUAUUGUUUUGGAGGUGCAAAUAUGGUCAUAAAAUCAUCAAAAGGCUUCUGAAAAAUCUUGUUUGUUGGAUUAUAAAUUGAUACGAACAAAAAGAGUUUGGUUGGUAUAUGUGUUAGUUACAUGUGGCGCCUGGCAUCACCUGAUGAAUCAAAGCGCUACUCAGAAGCUAUCUUUCAAUAGAGAAUUGGAUAUCAUGCGCCUAAAGUCGGUGCUUCUUGUACUUUACUUGAACAAUUUAAAUGAAAUUGUAAAGAGCAUCAUCAUAUGCAAAAUCCGAAAAGAGUGAUCCUCUGUAAAUUCGUUGUUCUUGUUUUUUUUUUGGUGAGCUGUAUAUAAUACGAUUUAUCUUUUACGUGGUGAUAAAGGUUUACA